UGCGAUAUUUUGGGUUGUCCAGCUCGCAGUUUUCUCGUACACUUCUCCUAACAGUCGAACAACCAAGCAGCCAAGAAGAGGAACUGAACAAAGCAUCCAUCCUCCAAUAUUCCAAUGGCUUCCGAAAGCAAAUCAACCACUGCCGGUACCAAUGGGAAGAAGAGGAAGCAGCGAUAUAUUUCACACAACAAAGCGCCCAAGAAGAAGGGUUUGUACCCGAUACACCCAGGACUCGAGGGUUUCUUCAUCACCUGUGAUGGUGGAAGGGAGCGCCAAGCCGCUAAUGAAUCGCUUAACCUUAUUGACUCCUUCUAUGAAGAGCUAGUUCACAGGGGGGAUUCAGGCGCAAAACUUGGACAAACACCCAAAAUACCUUUGAAUAAAAAGACUAAAUUCACAUAUUCUGAUUCUUCUGAUGAGGAUGACAAGGAUGAUGAUCCAAAGGAUGGGGAGGAUGACAAAGAUAAGCAAGGAAUUCAUGCAGAUGGUGAUGCAAAUGAUGUAAGUUCUGCAAAUACAACCGUGGAUCCUUGUGAACAGGAAGGAAAUGUAGAUGACAAAGAAAAGAAUAGUGCAUGUCAAAAAAGUCAAGCAGUUGAAGGUGAUCAGCUACCAUUGAAGAAGCAAUGUCUGGGAACAGAUACAUUAAAGUGUGAACAUGCCAUCCAUGAUAAAGUGGAGAAAUCUGUGGACAAGUUAAUAGAAGAAGAGCUUGAGGAAUUAGGGGACAAAAGCAAGAGGCGUUUUCUCAACCUUGAUUCAGGUUGCAAUGGUGUUGUCUUUGUUCAAAUGCGCAAGAGAGAUGGAGAUCCAAGCCCCACGGAAAUUGUGCAACAUAUGAUGACAUCAGUUGCCUCGACUCGGAAACACAUGUCAAGAUUUAUGCUAAGAGUGCUACCAAUUGAGGUGACAUGCUAUGCUUCGGAAGAUGAGAUUACAAGAGCAAUCAAACCACUCAUUGCACAGCAUUUUCCUGUGGAAACUCAAACUGCACACAAGUUUGCGGUAUUAUAUGAUGCCCGGGCAAAUACUGGUAUAGACAGAAUGAAAAUUGUCAAUGCAGUUGCAAAAUCUGUUCCGGCACCUCACAAGGUUGAUCUCAACAGUCCAGAUAAGAAUAUAGUGGUUCAAAUUGUCAAGACUAUGUGCUUGAUAGGGGUGGUGGAAAAAUACAAGGAAUUGGCGAAAUACAAUCUGAGGCAGCUCACAUUAGCCAAGGCAUAGCUCUUCCACUCUUUCUUCCCUUUAGAUAAAUUUGGAGUUAGUUUCGUAGGUUCUCAUGUCAUCAAGCUAAUUAAUGUGGAUCUAGUUUUCAUCUGGUUAUUUAUGGGUUCAAGACCUUGAUGAAGAAGAGCACGAGUUCUGAAAACAAUUUGACCGGAGAUAUGCUAUAUUCUCUUGCAAUAAUAGUAUUUUACAUGGUCAACA